AUGACAAGACUGGCAGGGAAAUCACCUUACCGGGCCGGGUAUUAUUUUUUACAUUAACAAGGGCUGACGUUGGUUUUACGCAGUAUAUCAUGGGAAGAGCUCACUCCCAGCUUCUUCUAAUUCUGCUGACCUUUGGUGCGAUCUUCGUUGUGUUUCAAAUUUACGUUCUGAAAUCAACAUGGAUGCAGGUGGAGGAUGUGGGCCAAGGAAAAAAUAAGAAGAAGAGAAGAUUUGAUGACUGGAAUCCAUCUCCUGACUAUAUAACAGUGGAAGCAUUCACCAGCAUAGCUCAGGAGUACAACGUUCCGGUGUUCCUCAUUGAACCAGCCAUCUUAGAGUCAGUGUGGGCUCACAGGACUGGUACAAGACCUUCCAAGGGGCGAUGCAAGUUCCUCUGUAGGGGUACAGACUCCACUACAUUUGGUAUCAUCUCCGGCCAUUGGAUCACACAGAAUUUUCUGGAUGCCCUUUGGAGAAGCGGCUUCAGGUCUUCCCUCUCGAAGGGCAAGGACCCCAGGCUCCUAUCUGUCAACGAACUGGUCCCACCCAGCAUCAUCCCUCAGCACUACUUCUUCCAGUAUGAGACACACCUCGUCCACCUGGUGGUCCUGUAUGAGAGGGCGGAGUCUUACCUCUGGCACGGUGCCGCCUCGGAUGGGGAGUGGGAGCCGGGGCGUGACGGGCAGUUUCUAUGGUUUCCGCUCAAGACUCUACCAUUUGGCGGGGAGCGAGAGGGCUCAUUUCAAAAAAUGGAGUUUGCAGACAUCAAGAUAGACGGUGUAUUAUUGACAGUCCCAAAGCACCCAAUGAAACUGACGCAACAGGUGCCAAAUUCUACCUUCAUAGAGUGCAAUUACCAGCAGGCUAGGGAGUACCUGGCAGAGAAUGGCGUGGACGAUACUCCCAAAGCUGCAGAUUUUAGAACCAGAGCCAGAUCAAUCCUUGAGAGGGGCAUGAUGGCUUUGGAUGGUAUAGGGGCUCCAUUUUGGAUUAGCAGUGGAACAUGCUUAGGUUGGUUUAGAGAGUGCAAUAUUAUCGCCCACAGUAUGGAUGUAGACUUGGGCAUGCGUAUCCAGGAUUAUAACGACAGGAUAAUACCAGCAAUGGAAGGCCAAGGUCUUCAGCUUCUACAUCUAUUCGGAAAGGUAGAGGACAGUUUUGAGCUGUCUUUUGCAAGGGAUAGCGUCAAGUUAGACAUAUUUUUCUUCUAUGAAGACGAUGAAUUUGUAUGGAAUGGCGGAACUGACUCCCAUACUGGAGACAAAUAUCAGUAUGUGUUUCAUCAAUUUGAUCUGUGCUGGACCGAGCUGGUAGGUCUUCAUGUGCGGGUCCCCUGUCCCACCCUGCCUUACAUCGAGGCCAACUACGGCACCGAGUGGGAUCAGAAGGUCACUCAGUGGGACUGGAAAGAGAGCCCGCCCAACGCAAGACCCAAUGGAGUCUGGGAGAAGGAGGAGUGGCCGUAUGUUAUCCAGACGUUUCCGAUCAUGUGAGAAGAUAGACAUGUUUUGUAUUUUGCAACUGUGACGCCGAGCUGUGUUGCCCAGAAGGUGAUGGUGAAGAUGAUCUUAUCAGAGUCGGGUAUUUAAACCAGUGGACUUGUGGCUUGAAGUCCCAUGUGAAGGACUUUGCCUUGGUAAGUGAUGGUUAAUGCCUUACCAAAGGCACUAAUGCAUUUACUUUGUUUUGAACCUAGGACCUUAUGGUGACAAGACCACUGCUCAACCACUGAGCCAACAUGUGUCCUAGAUCAGUCGCAAGUUAGAAGCAGAGUCCCAGUGAUAUUCAUUCUACUGGUAUUCAGCAAUGGUCACAGUUGCAGCUAAAAUGCAGUAUAGGUAAAAUACUGAUUUGCCAAUGUUUGGAGAACCCUUUGUGCAAUGGGAGGUUGAAUUGCACUGCCUGUUAGUGUUACACUGAAAGGAAAGGCAUACAUGCGGAAUAUUUUUUUUUUAUCCCCAAGAUCUGCUGCAUAUUUGCUGUUUCAAAAUCUUGUACUGCUGAUAGAUCAUCUGUACUUGCUGCUGAUCAGUUCCUCUCAUACGACAAAGGUAGCCCUAAUCUUUGUCUUCUGCCACACUGUGGAAUCAGCAAGCAAGCAACUUCGUUGAGUAAACAUUGGCUGCGAGUCUUAUGCCAAGGGGAGUCUGCAGUUUGGGGUUGGUUGAUAAAACUAUUACAUUGUGUAGGUCAGAUAUGGAUAUCUCUUUAAGAAAUGUGUACAGAGAACGUUCCUUUUUAUUGGCAACCUCCCAUCAAAUAUAGAGAUCAGCUCAGACUUGAUGCUCAUUUCAUUACGAAAGGACUCUUGAGUAUCGGUGACAUGCUUCAGACGAUUUUGUGCUCAAAGCAGGAAUUAUCUGGUAGCCUCUUGAGUCUUGCCAUUCUCCUAAAUGGCAGUGACGCUUGGUUACCUUUUGUAGUUAAGAUAUAUCCAAGAAGUUUAUAACAGAAAAUCAAUACAACUCUUUUAGUGCCAAGUCUACUACCGGUAUGUACUUCUUAUUAUUUCCAAAGCAUAUCAUCAGCUCAGAGCCAGAAGGACGUUUACUUACAUCCAUUCAUGCAUAUUUAACGCCCUUCUGGCUUGCAGCUUAGAUGAUACAUACAUGUAUUAAACAGGGUGAAAUCAUAUAUUGGUGUUUUUGUUUCCAUUGAAUAACCAUGUUUACUAUGGUUGUAUUCCUUGUAUUGUUUGAAAUCUCUCUAAUACUUUGGUAGAAACAAACUUGAAAAGGAAGUCACUGAAAUGAAAUAUAAUCAUCUUAGCAUAGAAUCAAAGGCCUGGAAUCACUUGACUCGCUUGUUGCAUUAAUAGAUAAGAGGUCUUUUGAAAAUGAUUAUGCUCCUUUUGCAGCAAACAUGAAAGAAGGUGGCUGUUAAUUUGAAAUACCAGCUAGUAGAUAAUAACGAAUAGAAACCAUGGAGAAAGAGAAGCCUGCAGACUAAUGUGUAGGUACUGGUGGAUAGGAUAGAGAUCAUUAAGACAUACACGAGUCGUAAGUCAUACCUUUAUGCUACAUAAGGGUUUGAUUCAUCAACUUUUGCCAGGAUUGUAAAGUACUGCAUAAGCAAUUAUUUCCGCGAUUUUCGUGAAUCACUCAUUAAUUGUGAAUUUAUCAACAUGCAAAAUAUUUCCAGUAAGUAAGCUACUUUAUUCAUUUAUUUAUUUAUUAGUAUUGUUUUAGUAGAGUGGCUCCAUCAGUAGUUAAAUACUGUUUUCCGUGGAGGCCCUACUAAUUAUACUAUACAGUACUUUACUUUACUUUGUACUUUAAACAAAUAAUCAUUAGAUAUGUUGCAGGGUGUCCAUGAUAUCAUUCAUGUUAAUAUUAAUAACCUUGUUACAAAUUGAAAUUGAAAUUGAACUUGAAAUAUAACUGGUGCUACUAACCUUUAAGUGAGGUUGAAUAUAUGUGUUGUUUAGUGUGGAUAUAUCAUAUAUGUGAUUAUGAAAUGCUUGAUUUUUCAGAAUUAAUGUAAUAUGCUUCUACAAAAUAUGGAAAAAAACAAUGAUAUCACAAGUAGCAUCUUUCAAGAACAGGACAGGGUUUACGAUAGUAAUCUGGUGCAGUAAACUUUCAUAUGAUGGACCUCUAUUUGUGUUUGGAGAGACUGAUGUAUCCCCAUUUUUCAUUUGUAAUCCUCAACAAACUACGAUGUAGUGCCAAGCUUCUGCAGGCUUCUAUAGUGGUAUCACAGUUGAGUUCCUGUCUGUAUAUCGCAUCAUUUAUUUUAAUCUAGUUUGAAAUCUGGAAUGUUUUUUAUUGUAAAUUGUAUUCCUUGAAUUUCAGUACAUAUAUCUUCAGUACUGCACAGGAGGAAUUUUAAUAUUGUAUUUAAUGUACUCUGUAUAUAUGGGAUUUGAGUUCCAUUCAUCUGUGUAUGGAAAGUUUUUAAAAUAAUUUGUAAGACGUUGUUGCGUUACCACAGUAUUAUUAUUGGUCAUCUUUAUUCCCUUCAUUCAGUAUUAUCAAAGGUGUAUAUAUUUGUUUUUAUUUUAUUUGUGCUCAGUGUUUUUGA